AAGACGGACAAACAAGUUUCUUCACCAUGCCGAAGAUGCCACAGACUCCGAGGCCUUACAGUCAAUCUCCACGCAGAAUGACCUGGUCAAGAGAGGUCUAUACAGUUCUCUUUAUGCAGUUCCUAUAGAAAGAUUUCUACUCAGUGGCCAUUUUACCAGGUCAACCUGCCCUGCAGAUAAACCAACCCUGUUAUAGGAUUACUACUGACCUCUGUACAGAGUAGAGGAGAGCUGACUGAAGUUUUCUUAGCAACAGAUGGCUGCGGUCAGUAAUUAUAUAGCUAUAAUCCUAUAAGUGCCCUUUUGUGAGCGAGCAGCACAUAGACACUGCUGUGCAACAGGGAUCAGUAUUGUAUACUGAAUAGUUUCUAGAUUAUUAGUAUACUUUAUAGUUUUGUAUACCUGUUAUGUACUGGAAUGCACUAAAAAUGUUAUUUCUUCAGGAUCAUGGUGCAAGACAUAAUGAAGUACACAGAUCUACAUUAAGUGCAAAUACAAAGCAGUGUGAAAGGAUAUGAUUAAUAUUCAGGACAAUAAAUAUACAGGACAGCAGGCACAAACUAGACAGGACAAGAGAACAAUCGAGGAUAGACGAAAUCAGAGAAAACCUUUCUAAAACUAUAAACUAUGAUUUCAUGUAUCUGGUUAGAAAGGAAAAUCUAAAGAGAAGCAUGUGAAAAGGUGUCUUGUAUCUGAUAUUAUCAUCUUGUCUAUCAGUGUAUUGUGCUCAGUGUAGCACUGUGAUUACAGAGGAAUUUUAUUGUGUUCCUAUCUUUACAUCCUUACCUGUGGAACAACAACAAAGCUUACUUGACUUUAUGUCAUGUGUGGGGUGUAAUUAAUGCACAUCAAGUGGAUUACUUACUGUUAUUGUUUGCCCACAUACUGCCUUUGGAGCAGAAAUGAAAAGCAGAUAGAAUAAGCACACAUUGUCCAAUCUGCAGCUAACCAUUUGCCUUUAAAUAGGUUUGUGUAACAGUUUGUAUAACAAUUUUACUGAUGAUAAAACGUCGUGAUAUAAUAGCUCGCUCAAACCAUUGUCCAUAACUGCUUUAUUCCUAAUUAGGGUCACAGGGGUCUGCUGGAGCCUAUCCCAUUGCACAUUGGGCAAAAGGCAGGGGUACACCCUGGACAGGUCACAGGCAUCAUAUAGACAGACAACCACUCACACUCAUGGGCAAUUUAGAAUUACUAAUCAACCAAAUAUACAUGUUUUGGGAGGAAACCAGAGUAAACUCCACACAGAAAAGCCCCUGCCUGUUCAAACCCAGGAUCCGAAACCAGGACCUUCUUGCUGUGAGGCAACAGUGCUAACCACUAAGCCACCAUGCUGCACCAGCUCACUCAAACCUAGCAUUUUAAUUGUUGAACAAUUUAUAUUACAGGAUCUAUUAGGUGUUAGUCUUAUGUCUAAUGUAACAACCAGGUAUCACUGUGUAUACCUUAUAAUCAUACUGUGAUCAUAAUAACAAGGCUGGUGCACCUAAUAAAAUGGCCACUAAGUUCUGAAACAAACUUACUUGCUUACUAGCAUGCUAGAUAGCCAGAGCAAAUGUUCUUCAAAUAUUUAAGACACAAACAUAUUUACUAAGUAUGGAUGUUGAUGUGAAGACCAGCAAUAUGCAUUAGCUUGAGGUAUCCUUUGUUCUUCAGGUUGAGAAGGUUCCCUCUUUGCAGGAACUAACCAAAGUGAACAGAAGCAAGGCCUUAGUAGGCAUCAGUCUUGGAGACACAGACAUUUCUCACUGGUGCUCCAGCUCGGUUCACAGUGGUACGACUCACAGCAGUGCUGUUAUUUUAGGAAAUUUUAGUUGAAGCAAUUCACGUUAAGCUUCGUGUUUUCCAGAAGUGGAUGCACUAUUUAAAUCUCCAGUGCCAGAUGGAUCGAUGAACCCUCAGCAAGAGCCAGUUCGAGAGAACACUGAUCAUAUUAGUACUGGCACUGGUAUACUUCAGAACAAGUAAGUUUAUCCCUUUAAGAAGUUCAAAAAAGAAUCAACAUAGAUCGAAUAUCAGAGCUUAGUCCUCUCUGUUUUUAAUAGGACUGAAAAGGAAGUCUGCGCUGAGCCUGUUCCUCUUAGUUUUGAUGAUUUACUUAAGAGGAAAGAUGUGAGAGUGCUUGCUCCUCGCCUUCAUAAAGCCUUCAUGUUUGGAGAGAAAUCCAGUGAAACAUGUCCUGUGGUGUACAGCACUCAGCAGCGUCAGUACGAGCCUUUCAGCAGCCCGGGUUUCCACUCUCUGGAUCCUCCUUCACAGAUCAGAAAGAGGAGCUUGCGCUCGGCAAUCGUUCUCUACACAGAGGCCGUGCAGGCGAGGUACGUGAUUCGAAGUAUGAGGGAAAGACAGGCAUGUGGAGGAUUCGGCAAUCACAGGCCAUACUCCCAGCCUGAGCUCGAGGUGAAGAGGACUGGAGAUAAUUGUGUCAACAUGCGUGUGCUUACAGCUGAUGGAAAGGUGAUCAGAUCUCCAGAUCUCGCCCCACUUCCUCUCUAUUAUCGUGAUGAAACCCUGGCAGUGCGCCCAUCCACACCCACUAAGAAAAUCUCUCUCAUACCUAAGCAGAACGUUUUAAUUCCGUGCGUUGGCCCUGUGGUUAAUGGUAUGAACCCGAGCCAAACCUGUGAGUCUGGAAAAAUCUCUCCAGCCUGCUGUAAAGCACCGCCUGCUUCGACGAGGAGAGGUGUAAACAGCAGUGCUCACACUUCAACACCACCAUCUGGGUGGAGCAGUUCAAGAAAUCAGAUGGAUUUCCUGUCAAUCUCCAGACCAGUAAAGUGCUGCGAAACUGGUGUGAACUGCAUAAUCAGAGAGAAACUGCUUCAUCAUGACGACUGUCUCAAGGAGGCAAACGAGGCGUCCGAAGUUUGUGUUUGUGAGGAUUGCGAUGCGUUCAGUGUGAAUGACAUGAGAUCACCCCAUGAGACUGCUGACCUGAUCUCUCCCUGCUCAGCUACUGACAGUGAGAAAACGCCCAAGGAUAAUGCCUCAUCAUGGCAACCAGAGACAAUAAACAUUCCAACUGCUGAAUAUCUGGAUUAAAGCAUCUUUCGAACUGCAUUUGAGAUUUGCAUAUUGCAAUUAAAUAAACCGUUUGUGUCCUACUGUAGAAAUAAACAAGUGGUUACACCACAGUGCUGUUUAAUUCAGUGUGAUUGGUCAGAAAGUGUGUAAUUAUUCCAUUUCAACAGCAUGGCUUAGGGAUUAGAAGGCACCGAUCAGGCAUAACAUUAUGACCACUUGCCUAAUAUUGUGUUGGUCUCCCUUUUGCUGCCAAAACAGCCAUGGCCCAUUAAGCACUGUGUAUUCUGACACCUUUCUAUCAGAACCAGCAUUAACUUCUUCAGCAGUUUGAUCAACAGUAGCUCGUCUGUUGGAUCGGAACACACGGGCCAGCCUUCGCUCCCCACGUACAUCAAUGUGCCUCAGCCGCCCAUGACCCUGUCGCCGGUUCAACACUGUUCCUUCCUUGCACCACUUCUGAUAGGUACUGACCACUGCAGACCGGGAACACCCCACAAGAGCUGCAGUUUUGGAGAUGCCCUGAUCCAGUCGUCUAGCCAUCACAAUUUGGCCCUUCAUCAAACUCGUUCAAAUCCUUACGCUUGCCCAUUUUUCCUGCUUCUAACACAUCAACUUUGAGGACAAAAUGUUCACUUGCUGCCUAAUAUAUCCCACCCACUAACAGGUGCCAUGAUGAGGAGAUCAUCAGUCUUAUUCACUUCACCUCUCAGUGGCCAUAAUGUUAUGC